ACAGCUGAAAUCAGUGAAAAUUGUGUCGAUUUUAGUGUUGUCGAACGAGUUAAUGGAUUUUCUGAAGAGGUGCGUGAUCAAGAUUACCGCUGGAAGGCUUGUUGGCUCCUUUUUUUCUACAGUGAUAACAAGUUUUCAGUUUGUUAGAAAUGAGCCAGCCAAUGAUCAUUACUCGUCUGGCUUCACUCUUAUACGGGAAUCAAUAACCUCCUAGAGGGAAAAAAGAACGGAUGCGACGCGGUCUCAAAACAUUGAGACACAUCAGCAAAACGUAGAUUAAUUUAUUACGUCCAUUCAGAAAACAUACGUCCACCCGUUGUUUCUCCCGUAUCAGUAACCGCGCGGAAAAAAGUGAUGCAUGAAAAGUCUCGAUAUUACGAGGCACGUGUUUGUAUUGGAGUAAGAGCUGCUCUGUGUGUAUGUGUGCCAGGUGCACUGUUGCAUCCCUCUGAUGAGCGCCAUGCACCGUUUAGACCAUAGCCAUAAUGUCAUCCCGAAGGCUACUUCUUAGUAAUUCACAAAGGGUUCACUCUUCCGUGAAGUACAGCGCAUGGAUACUUUCCAGGCAAUACCUAGCACGUACCUUGCUAGAGAAAUAUUUGUGGUAGAUUCUCGGUGAAUCAAGAGUAUGGCUUCUGGUGCAUCUUCCCUGGAUAGUGCUGGAAGUAGUGAUGGAGCACUCAAUAUGGAAAGAGAUAGUGGAGGCUAUGGCAGUGUCGGCAGUCCUGUCGGUGGGCCUGAAUGUCGUAGUGAUUAUGAUGGUUUGCAAGCUCAAUGUGAUCAAGCCAUGCAUCAGCUUCAGCUACUUAGGCAUAAACACUCCGAUACUAUAAGACGGUGUGAACAUACUAUGAAAGAAUUGGAAUACUAUAGAGGACAACAUAUAGCAGUCAUGAAUCAGUUAGAGGCAACAUCACAAGAGAGUUCCGCACUGCGGGGCAAAUAUGGAGAUCUAGUAAAUGAUAAACAACGCCUGGAUCGGGAAGUUCAGGCGUUGCAGAAAGAAGUAUCCGAAUUACGAUGCCAAAAUCAAGAAGUUCUUGUUUCUGAUGCUAGUAAUAGUGACACCAUGAAUCAACAUUAUUUAUCCGCGCUUCGAAAAUAUGAAGCUGUUAAAGAUGAGUAUGAUGCCCUUCGAAAACGGUACGAUGACUUAAUAUCAUCACAUUCAUCGGCUGUUAACAAGUUGGAAUUAUCGCAAGAAGAAGCCGCCAGAUUAAAAAAACAAUAUGAUGAAAUUGUUCAAGAGCGUAAUAGUGCAGUUCGUGAGCGUAAUGGUUUAAAACAACAGUGUACUGCUGCAAUUAGGCAAUGGGAUAUUGCAUUAAGAGAAAGAAAUGAAUAUCGCGAAGCUUUAGCCAAAGUACAGCAACAACAUGAAGAGGCAGUAAAGGAAAUUAAUCAUGCAAUGGUGCUACGCAUGAAGGCUAGCAAGGAUAUGAAACGAUUAACGGAAGAAAGGAAUGCUGCAUUGCAAGAAUACAGUUUAAUUAUGGGUGAAAGAGAUACGGUACACAAGGAAAUGGAAAAACUUGGCGAUGAUCUUACACAAGCGUAUACAAAAAUCACUCAUAUAGAAAAUCAGAACAAGCAAUUUAUAGAAGAGAAAAAAGCUUUAUCCUAUCAAAUAGAAACUUUAAGAAGAGAAAUUUCAUCCGCUUUACAAGAUCGGGACGAAGCUUUAAAACAAUGUAACGAAUUGCGUCAAAAGUUUGGUGAUUAUUCUGAAGGUUCAAAUAGAGAUUACAAGAAUCGUAUGGAAUUACAUUCGUACAAUCACGAACGCGAUAAUUCGAGCAAAGAAGCCGAAAGAGAAAAUAACACGGCAGAUUAUACUAAACGUGAUAAAGAACGUAUGGACAACUUGGAUCAGGCAAAUUUGGAGUUGGAUAAACUUAGAAAAUCUGUUGAUAAGUUGCAAACGGAGCUCGAAGAAGCUUUGCAAGAAGCAGAGGUAUCAAAACGAAGAAGGGAUUGGGCUUUCAGUGAAAGAGAUAAGAUAGUUUUAGAAAGGGAAAGUAUUAGAACUCUCUGCGAUAGAUUAAGAAAGGAACGUGACCGUGCAGUUUCGGAACUAGCGGGUGCUUUGCGUGAUUCUGAUGAUAUUAAGAAGCAACGGAACGAAGCGUCGAAAGAGCUAAAGGAUCUCAAAGAAAAGAUAGAAUCCGGCGAUCACGCGUUAAGAGCGAGUCAAUUCGCACAAAGCUUAGUGCAUGCGCAUGAUUCGGCGAUCGAUACUGAUGUUAACGACUGGGAGAUUAUUCCCAUUCAUUUGGAUCUCAGUCGACUUUGUUUAGAUUCUGAUCGUGAUUUGGGACUAACGCUGGUCGGAGGCCGUGAUAAUCCGUAUUAUCCAAACGACACAGGAAUUUAUGUUGCUCAAGUAAUAUCAGGAAGUGCUACCGAUGGUAAAUUAAGAGUGAACGAUUGCAUUAUGCGAGUAAAUAACGUAGAUUGUACAUCUGUUUCUACACGUAUAAUUAUGGAAACUUUACGUACCUGUUCGGGGGGAUCGGCCACGUUGACGGUAAGGAGACGGCGUUUGACCAGAAGAUCUUUAAGGACAACUCAAUUGUCCGUUGGUUCAGUUCCUCAUGGUAUUUCUUUGGAACUUGGAGUAUAUAUUUCAAAGAUUUCACCUGGUAGUUUAGCCGCUAAAGAUGGCAACCUUGCCGUUGGAGAUAGAGUGUUGAACAUUAAUAGUAAACCAAUGGAAGGCAUUAAUUCCAGUCACGAGGCAAUGGCAACUUUGAAUGACACGAAUACGGAUGUGUUGACUAUCACAACUUUGAAGGGAAUACCAUUGCCUUCGGCGACUAGUUCUGAAACCAUGACCAUCGAUGGUAGCUUCGGCACUGAAAAACAGAAAAUGGUGAACAGUUGUUCUCAAACGGAACAAGGAAGAAUAUUGUUGAAAAUUCCGUCAGACGAUUACGAGAGAAGGCACGUUGCUUCGAACUUUGGCGACAGAAGUAUCUACAAAGUUUCGAAAUCGGUUAGCGGUGAGAAACCAAGUGGAAUUAGCAACGCCUGGGACAACAUAAGAGAGAAGAUCGAUAUAGUGCGAGGACGCAAGCACAGCAAAGAUCGGGAGGAGAAGAAGAAACGACACCGCAACUCGAGCCCGAACACCUUCGAGCAAGAGCAAGACGCAAUAGCCGAAUUAGAUUCGGUGAUAGAGAGUUAUCACAAGAAAGCAAAUAACGGAGUGUUGAAACGAAGUAAACGACGCGGAACGGAAAAAGUUGAGAAGAAUGGAGGUACGUGGCCGAAAGCCAGAGGUGGGCCUCUGAUUCAGAAUGGUACCGGUACUAUUUUACAUUCACGUAAGACAAAAGAAAGAUUGCCCUUAAGCGUACUCCUUAACCAACCGCCAAAGUAUGAAAGUUAUAAUUAUAACCGCAUCUCCAAUCCUAUCCCCUUGACCAAUUUUUCCAACGUGAACAAUCGGCAUACAGUUUAUAAAUCCGUAGAAAAACCAUUAUCAAAUUUCCUUAAAACUGGACCGUUAUUUAGUCAAAAAUCCUUUACUCCAGUGGUGCAGUUCAAAGAUAUCCCGAUAGAUAAGAAACCGGCAACCGAGUUCGAGAACACGGAAAAUAGACUCGGCUCUACGCUUACACCAUCCGAAACUAGCAUCGACUUUUCCGUGAAGUCGGUUAAUACCGGGAAAGACGUGGAAUAUUUCUCAAAGAAAAGAGCGCAAAAGUAUACCCCUAGCAACGAGAGCCAAGUAGACACGCUACAGCAUAAUAGAGCGCAAUCUCAACUUUAUUCCGGGGCUGGAUCAUCGACAUCCUCGACUAGCGGGCCGAGACAGCAGUUGACUGGUAAUUUUUCAUUUCCUCCCUAUACGCAUUCGCAUCCGCAUCCCCAUCAACAAAAUUCUCUACCUUCGAGAUACCCUUCCCCGCCCUCUUUGCCGUCUGCACAGUCCGGGGAGUCGAUAGGACUUCCCGAUGCACGAUCUUAUUGUUUCGAACCUUCGUAUAGCCCCGGCCCGCAAACAGGAUUCGGGCAUUUGCACACACCCUCCGUAGAUUUGCAUUAUCACAAAUCUCGCGCUCCACCGAUUGGCACUACGUACGAUGUAUCAGCAUACACGCAUGGCUACGAGGGUGGAACAUUUCCAAGGAAAAAGGAAAACCAACGUUUUCGAAUACCGUCAAAUCCUAGUGUGACAUCGAAAAGCAGCGUGGGUAAAUUGUCCACCGGCAGUAUAGAAAGAACUUCGGAAAGAGGCAGUCCAAUGCCGACAUUCCACGUGGAGGUGCUUAGCCCUGGUACAGGAGGCGGAAGCGGGUCUGGUGGAACUAUUAGAGGAAGUAGUAGCAAUAAGAGAUCCAGCAUGCCGGAUUAUUGUUACUCUCAGCCAAGGCCUGCGCCCGGAGAACUCCGCAGGGUUCAUAUAGACAAAUCGGUCGAGCCCCUAGGUAUCCAAAUUUCUUGCUUAGAGAGCGGCGGUGUAUUCGUUUCUACUGUUAGCGAGCACAGUUUAGCAUCCCAAGUCGGCCUUCAAAUCGGCGACCAAUUGCUCGAAGUCUGUGGUAUCAAUAUGAGAAGCGCCACUUAUCAACUUGCUGCCAACGUGUUGCGUCAGUGCGGUAAUUCCAUUACGAUGCUGGUGCAGUACAGUCCAGACAAGUACAACGAGUUGGAAGAAGGAUCCGCUUCUUCGAGUUCAUCGGAAGCCGGCGGCGCCGAGGGAGGCAGUCGUAGUGGAUCGCCAACGCCGUGCAACAGCCCCGAAGCUCCUAGAAAAACAACUAUCGAGCCGCUGGAAACCUCGGAACCUGAACGCGAUGCUUCUAGUAGUUUAAGUACCACGCGCGAUACUUCUAAUACUUUAAAUAUUAUGCGAGAAACUUCGAAUACCUUGGAACCACCUCGCACCAUUCGAGAGAGAGAUAUUAGAAAUUCCGCUUCCUUGGAAGUGCCGAGUACGCAGCAGAGAGAACGAGAAAUCAGAGCAUCGGCGUCGUUGGAUAUUAACAUCAGGAAACCGGAACUUCGUAGUUCAGCCACGUUGGAUAAUAUGCGUAAUUCCGCAACUCUUGAUACGUUACGUGGCACUGCAAAUACUCUUACACGCGCACAGCUUAAUCAAGCAGCGACCACGUUGCAACGGCAAAAUGCCACGGUGAGAAGUCCAACGCAAGAAGACCAAAAUCGUAAAAGCCCGCCACCGAGUGAACCGAGAUAUCUUUUCAUCGAAACGAGAAAGUGUUCGAAUCUAGGUAUCUCGCUUGUCGGUGGGAAUGGUGUUGGGAUAUACGUACAUUCGGUACAACCAGGUUGCCUUGCCGAGGACGCAGGAUUACGUCCCGGUGACCGAAUCUUGGAAUACAAUGGCGUUGAUCUCAGACAAGCAACCGCGGAACAAGCUGCUUUGGAAUUGGCUAGACCAGCGGAUAAAGUAACACUGAUUGCUCAAUACGUACCUGAAAGGUAUAACGAAGUGAAGGAUAAACCUGGAGACAGUUUUUACGUGAAAGCGAUGUUCGAUCGAGUAGGCGAAGUUGGAGAUAGCCUGCAACUUAGGUUUAAUAAAGACGAUAUUUUAUACGUGGAUAACACAAUGUUCAAUGGUACCCCGGGUCAUUGGCGAGCUUGGAUAGUUGAUCAAACUGGGAGAAGGCAAACUUGCGGUAUAAUUCCAAGUAAAUUCAAGGUCGAAGAAGAAUUGCUUUUGCGACGUUCAUUAGGUGAUUUGGAAACGGAUACUACUAGAAGAGGUAGCACAAGUGCAAGAAGAAGCUUUUUCCGUCGGAAAAAACAUCAACGUUCUUCUAGCAGGGAUAGUAAAGAAUUGUCACAUCUUACAGGAGUAAAUUUGGGUUGGUAUAGCGAUAGUGGAACAUUGAAUGAGGAUACUCUUCCAGCAAGCUAUCAACGUGUUGAACGAUUAGAUUAUCCAGCUUUAAGACCAGUAUUGAUUAUCGGGCCGUUGAGCGAAUGUGUAGUAACAAAACUAUUACAAGAAUUUCCAGGACAGUUCACCAGAUGUCUUGCAGAGGCAAUGCAUUGUUCUCAAGCAACGCUCGAACAAGGUUUACGUGAUUCUCUUUAUGUGGACUAUAGAAAAAAAGGAAGCUAUUUCGAGUGUACUACAGUGCAAGCUGUGAAGGACAUCUGUGAGAAGAAUACUCAUUGCAUUUUGGAUGUUUCAAUUGCAUCGAUUGAGCGACUUCAUCGACAUCAAAUCUAUCCUAUAGUUUUGUUGAUUAAAUUUAAAAGUACCAAACAAAUAAAGGAAGUGAAAGAUUCCAGAUAUCCAAGCGAUAAAGUUAGUGCCAAAGUUGCCAAGGAGAUGUAUGAACAAGCAUUGAAAUUGGAAGCUGAGUAUAGGCAUCAUAUUUCUGCUGUAAUUCCAGCUGGUGUAAAUGUUGCGUAUAUAUGUACGCAAGUAAAAGCUGCGGUAGAUGAAGAGCAAAGCAAAGCGCUUUGGGUUCCCAGAGGGCCUCCCUGACAUUUAAGGGGGGGUCCCCACAAACCGCAGUGGAAAUCAAUCUAAAUUCCACCAGGGGGCCCUUACGCCGUACGAUUGUACAAAAUUGUUACAAGUUUGUUUUUUAUGGUCUCUUAUUUGUCUCGAUGAUAUACAAGAAUUUCGAUUCUUCGUUUUAUGGUUUCAUUACUACGAUUGUUUCGAUAAUUUUUAUCUAUUUUGUUAUCGUAAUUCAAUUAUGCAAAGAUUAACAUAUUUUUGUUUCUUUCUUUUUUUCUAUCUUUACUACAUUGAAGUUUAAUAUAAAUUAUAAAGUUUAUUUGAAUCAGUUUUUUUAUAUAAUUAUUUCAUCAAAUAUCUAACGAUUUUAACAAAUAUUUGACACUAAUUAAAUAAUACUAAUGUUUCCUAUAAAACAUCGCGAAAAAAUAUAGUAUGUGAUGUAACUUUAUAAGAUUUUCCUUAAAUCGUUAAAUAUAUUCAAAAAACUAUUCAUAUUUCAACAAAGUGAAAUAUUUUUCACGUCUGCUUCGAACCUCGAUCGAUCGUAAUUUCUCAGUUAGAUAUUCACUAAUAUGAAAACUUUUUAUUACAAUUGGCAUGAGACCAUAAAUGAAACGAUGUAGCAAGUAAAAAUAUUCAUCGUACCGUGGCCCGUAAAACAUUUGGUGGAUGAAUUCGUAAGAUUCGUUAGCGAAUAAAUUUCAGCCAAUCGUACUUGUCUAAUAUUAUUAACUCCUCAAAUCAUUACUAUUGUACAGAAUAAUUUCGCGUAAUUAGUAUUAUUGUACAGAAAAUGUAAUAUUAUAAAUUAAAAAAAAGUUACUUAUUUGUAUAUAAUUUACUUAUAAAACUUAUGGAUUAUAUGCUUCUUAAUUUUUAGUUUAGACAAAUCCUUUAAAUUUAAGUGAUAUUUUAGUCAUAUUGUUUUAUAUAUAUAUAUAAUAUUAUAUAUAUAUAUAAAUAAUUGUUUAUAAUCCAUUUGUUGAAAUUGCGCGACAAUUGGUUUGAGGGGUUAAUAUUUUAAGAUUUAAGAUCGAGGAAUUAAAAAAUGUAAAGAAAAUGAAUAUGGAAUUGAAAAACAAUGGCUUCUUUCCGCCAUUUUUUUAAUUUGUAAAUAUCUAAAAUGAUAAUAAGCAAUAGAUAUUCGUGACACAGACUAACUCAAUAUAAAACGCUCGUAACAAAAUAUAUAAUGCGUUAUUGCUUUUUUACUUCUAUAGUUUGAAUUAUUUUACGAAUUUAUACUAUAAUGUUUUUUAAUCGACUUUAAGGCGCUUUAUAAGGUGCAGUCAUAUUUUGAAAGAUAUAUAAAAGUGCAAGCACGUAUUAUUACGUAUCUACAUUCAGAAUCUAAUACAUAUUUAUAAGACAUUUUUAUAAAAAAAAAAGUAUAGUUUUUCUUAUUACAAUUUUAAAAAUUAUAUUUAAAUUGUUUCAUUCUUAGUUUUUUUAACAUUUUGAUAAAUAUAAUGAAUUUUUUUACAUUAUUUACAGUAUCUGAGGUGUAGAUAUGUACAAGGUACAUUUAAUGUACCAAGAAAUAAAUAUUAAAUUUAAUUAUAAAAAUUUAUCAUAACAAUGCUUCGAUACUUAAAUUACAUAAUUUUCUCUUGUAUUAGAAAUGAAGCCUUUUUGAUUUUAAAAUAGGCUUGCAUUUUCUAAUGAUAUCGAUGAAUAUUAUACAAAUCAAGAAAACAUUUUGUCAUGAGAAUCAAGAAAUUAAGGUAAUUUACAAAAAUUUUUUAUAAGUGUCACAGACAUGAAAUGAUUGUCCAGUUUUGUACGUACAGAGAGGAUUAAAUAAGAAAGACAAAAAAAAAAAAAUUAAAGUUAAACAUUGCUUUUUGUAAAACAGAAAUUUAGUUUUUUAACAAGACAAUAUUUAGGCGUAAGUUAUCAAACUGAGACCAAAAAUUUAAAGGAUACUAUGCUAAUUCAUAAGGAUAAUUAAAUUUAUUCGUAUCAUUAUUAUCAAUAUGUUUAAUGCAGAAAUAUAGAUAUACAUAUAUACUUUUUGAUAUAUUGCGAAAUCAAUAUCAAAUCGAUUAUGAAUUUCGUAAUACAAAAAGCUGGAAAAGAAAAAAAAAUAUAUAAAUUACAAGAAAAAUGCCAAAUAUGUUUGGCAGUUUGUAGCAACAAGGAAUUAUUGUUUCACAUCCAGGGUAAAUACUCUUUAAAAAAGCGAUGGCGGACAAUCUAAACAUUAAAAUUAGGAAUUUAUUAAUAUUUCAGGAAAAAAUAUUUAAUUUUUAUUCUUUUAUAAUUAAUAGGAAAGAUAUUAUAAUAAUGUACGUGUUACGUACAUUUAUACAUGUAUUGUAUAUAUUUUUGUACACACAUAUGAAUCUUAAACGUUAUACUAACUUGUGAAAUGAAAUAUAUAAAUUAUUAUUUAAAAUCGGCAAUCUUAACUAUAUUUUAUACGAUGAUAUUAUGCGUGAAAUACAGUAUAUUUUCUGUAACGAAUUUAUAUUUUUAUAUAAAAUUGUUUUUUGAAAUUAUUGUAAAAUAUGGAAAUUAUUUUCAGUAGAACUGGUAAUAACUUUCUUUUUUGAUAUUUGUUUAAUAAUAAAAAUUUGUAAAAUAAUUAAUUAUAAAAAAAAAUAACAAAAAAUUAAUUUAUAUAUAUAAUUAUAUAUAUAUUUGUAUAUAUUUUUCUUUUCUUUUCUUUUUAAUAGAUAUAUAAUAUAUAUAUAUAUAUAUAUACAAGAAAUGUGAUUAAGAAAUAAGAUAAACACAAAGUGCAUUAUUAAAAUGAGAUUUAUUUUGUUAUUCAAUUUAUAUUGAAAAUAAAAUUACAAUGAAUAUUAAAAAAAAAAUAUUUAAAUUCUUUAUGUUCUUAAAUAUUGUACUUCUUCAUCGAAAUGUAAUUAAAUAUAAUGUAAUUAUAAAUAGAAUUAUUAUUUCGUAAAACUUUUUUUAAUUAAAAAAAAAAGAUUGUAAAUAUAUCGAUCCAGAUUCUUUAGAUAGAAUUGAUAGAAAUGAUAAAAAUUUUAAUUUUGAAUAAGAAUCUUAUUAUUGUAUAACGAGUAAGAUUCAUUUGUGGAGAGUUGCAAAAAAAAUGCACCUUUUAUGUUCUCUUUCAAAAGAAACUUUUUUUCCAAAUAUUCUAAUGUAAAAAAAAAAAAGAGAGAGAGAGAAAUAUUGUUGAUAUACAUAAAUUAAACAUAAUUUUUGAAUGAGUGAAAAAUUAAGAUAGGUCGAGGGCGAAGUAUAAAUGCCAAAAAUAAUACGAGAGAGAUAGAAAAAAAGUGAGCAGUAUCGAAGGAGGAGGGAGAAAAGAUUAAUUUUGUAUUAACAAUUAUUUUAAAUCACAGCACUGUGAUACAUGUGUAACUGCUUCGAUGAUGACAUAUCAAUUUCACAAUCCUUCUACAUUAUUACUAUUAUACAUAUACGUACGUAGUACGAAACUCAUAUUUUGGGCAAUACUUAUAUAUAUAUAUAUAGUAUACAUAAAUGUUAUAUAUAUAUAUAUACAUAUAUAUAUAUACACAUACAUAUAUAUACAUAUAUAUAUAUACACAUACAUAUAUAUUUAACUACGCACUUUUACUAUUUUUCAUAAGCACGUGAUUCUGAUCCAUUUAAUAACCACUAUAUACAACAAUUGGUGCGCGCAAAGAUACGAAAAGAAAAUGAAAAAUAUAUUCUUAAUUUUUUUAUUCAAUUUAAUUUCGAGAUAGAUAAUGUUCGAAUGGAAAAAUUUUUAAAUACUCUCAACUACUAUUUACAAAUUUAUAAAACAUAAACAAAAUAUAUGUACAUAUAGAUUUUUUUUUUACCAUAGAAAUAUUAUUUGGAACAAAUUUUUUUGAACGAAAAUAUGAUUUCGUUGAAAAUCAAUGAUAUAAAUUUAUAUAAGUUUAAUUUAAUCUCGAGAUACGUAUAAUAAAGGUAUUUUAAGACGCGCGUGCUAGAUCAUAAUAUAACAAACAAUUAGGUAUACGAUAAUAAAACAAGCAUUGAUUACUGAUCAUUGAAGCGUUUAUGGUGAUAUAUAUAUUACAUGGACGAGAAGCAGAGCAUGGCGAUUGGGUUUGAAGAAUGCGCGGAUACAGAUCGAUGAGUUCUGAUAGCAAUUUAUUCAAACGAUGAUCGCGACUAGUCUUCAAUAGUAUUCUAUUUCCUAUUAACGAAUUUCUCCUCGCAGUAUCACUAUCUAUGUUCCGAUCGAAGUUCUAUCGUCUUGAUAUCUCACCUUAUAUUCCCACGCUCUAUCUUUAUAUAUAUAUUUUUCUAUAUUCUAUUUGUAUCGCACGUUUUUUACGUUAUUGCGGGAAAAAAAAAACAAUAAUUUACUUACCGAUUUUUCAUUUUCGAACGUAACGAAGAAAAACAUUAUUCUUCUAAAUUUUAAUUUUUCUCGCUAAAUAUCAAUAUUAACCGGGCAUGCAAAUGUCUUCUUCGUCUCUCUUCCUCGUCGGUAGAACCGUCUUCGAAUCGAAGUAUUACCUCAUCGAUAAUGAAAUUCAUCCUUCUUUAAGAAAAAAAAAAAGCUGUUGUAGCAAAUGUAACAGUGCUGCGAGUUUAGUUAAAUCGGAUUUAAGUAUUUUUCAGUGCAGAAUAUCCAGAUAGUCGUCGAUAAAUAACAAUUCGUUCGUUCGUAGAGUUUAAGUUCUCGCGUAAAUUUUUAAAUAUUUGUGAAUUAUUAUUUAUAUAUAAAAAGUUUUUUUUUCGAAGAAGAAAUAAUGAAAUAUAAUUGUGAAAAAAAAAUCGUGCGCUGAAAAGAUCGAUGAAAAGAAUAGGUAAUAAUAUUAGAAUUGGAAUUUUGUAAAAAAAAGUUAGGUUACGGCAGAGCGGCAUUUCUAGUUCUUUUAAUGAUCACGUUUCUAUCGUUGUCUUUUUACAUACACAGAGUGCAUUAUUAUAAAAUGGAAUUGCAUAGUUGCUAAGUGCAGGUUAACCUAGACUGAUUUACAAAUCGAUCAAUCAUCAAUCAAGUAUGUGUCUAUUUUGUCGGAAAUAGAGUUGGGGAAAAUUUUUUUUUAAUAAUUAUUGAGUAAUUAGUAGAGGAAGAAAUACUAUGCUCCAUAGGUUGUUGAGAUUUCUAUUUACAAGCGAAAAAAUCGAAAUACACGGUUGUAUCGUUCGUUUAUAAAACGCAUUCACUGCCAAAAUAUUUAUUCAACUUUCUCGUUAUUAAUCUCGCAGAUGAAUUGUUCGUAGAGAAAGUUAUAUAAAUAAUUUAACAACAGAGUAAUAGAAUAAACGUACAUGUUGCGAAGAGAAAUAAUAAUAAAAAAAAAGUAAACAAAUGAAAUAAAAUGCAUCGUGGUGGGAAAAUUAUUUUGUAAAGAUAUUAUUGUUAAAUGUAACGGAUGUUUAGGUUGAAAAGGAAACUCGAUAAAAUUUGAUUGUAAAUGAUCUUUUUUUUUGUUGAAUGAUGUUAUAUUAUACACGUAAUAUUAUUUAAAUAAUAUUCAUUGGUAUGUAUUUAAUAAUAUUAUGGUAAUAUAACAUUACAUUUUAUAAAUGUAUUGUAAAUACGUAUGUAGCAUAUUUGUGCGUAAUGUAUUAUGGAUUGUAUAAAGAGAAAGUUUCUUCGUUUUUUUUUUUUUUUACUUUUAAGCGAAUCUUAAAUGAUCAUUUUUUUUAUCUCAAUUGGUUCGCAGUUUGCCCACUAAUGCUUCCACGAACAAACACACAUAAAAAUUAUUCAUGAAUCCCCUUAUUAAGUUAUUAAACUUAUUUUUAAACUUAUUUAUUAUUUAUAGUUAAACCCUAAUAUAAUAUCAGCAAUAAACUUGAUCGUUUAUUCGCAGAAUAUAAACGUGUUUUCUUGUUUUCUUAAAAUGUUUAUCCAGCAUGUUCGAAUUGUUUUGUUUAUUUUGCAUGUUCAAUCUUAUAUAUAUAUAUAUAUGUAUAUUUUUAUUCUUUAUUUUUUUUCUGUAUUUAUAAAACGUUACAAUACUAUUUACUAAUAAUUUUAUUCUGUAAAUGGAGAAUUACACUAACGAACGAGACAGAGAAAGAUAUAUCAGAAAUAUUUAUUUAUUAUAAAAAAAUAAUUUUUUUGCAUUUUCAUCAUUCUAAUCAUUAAGAUUGUAAUCAAAAUGUCCAAUACUUCCACUGUCGAUUGAUACUAAUACGUGUAUAUGUAUAUUUAUGUAUAAAAAAAAAAAUUAUUCUUUUUUAUUACUUAUUUCGACUUUUCCCACCAAUAUGCUUUCUAUACAUAAGCUUUAACAGUGAAUGCGUGCAUAACUAUUAAUGUAAUGUUUCUAUAUGUGCUCGAUAACUAACUAAGUGCAUAGCACAGAUAUGGCGAUUGUAGCAUUUUUUGUAGCAAAAAAAAAAAAAAAAAGUCUUUUGUUAACAGCAUUGAACAGAUAGGAUAUUUCAAAAAUCUGUGAUCAAUAUGUAUAUCGACGCGUAUAAGCAGCAUGAAAUUUGUGAUUGUAUUAAGAUGCAAAUAUUUUUUAUACGAAUUGGUGUAUACGCUCAGACGGUACGAGGGACGAAAUUAGCGGUUAGAAAUAUUCCGAAUAUCGGAAUGAGAGCAAAUCGCAAGAUAUAGAUUAUUGAUUAUCAUUGAGCAUUAAUUUAUGUGAUGUAAAUAUUAAUAGCUAAAGAAUGAAACUUUAUUAAUUUUAUUUUAUCGAGUUGUAUUCAAUUUUGAAUUAGGACGAAAAAUUUGUGACAUAAUUUUAUGAAAAAUGUAAUUUUAUUCCGAAAAGAGUUAUUUGAAUAUUUUCCAGAGAUCCAUUAUUUUAUUUAUACAAUUGCAUUAUUUAAAAAAAAAAACAGGAGGAUUCGAUUUACAGUGCGCGAGUUUCGCUUGAAUUUUAAAUAAAAUUCAAGUUGUAUGUGUAGCUCAAUAAUUACGUAUGCCGAUAUAUCGUAUAAACCUGACACACGUUCCAACUGUCCAAGUUUCACGCUGUUUCCUGUUAAAAGAAAAAUGAGUCUUCCUAUAUGUCUAUUCCUGCCACGCGCAUCGACUGCCCCGAAGAUAUUUUUAAAAGAAAAACCUUCAUGACUUUUCAUUCGACUUUAAUGUGAAUGUAUACGUAUGCAAUAAUGAUAAUACACUAUUUUCACGAUCAGUGAAAUCCUUACUAUUUUUGAAAUCUUUUACCGAUAUGGAUUGAACAUGCCACGUGUUAAUAUAUCACUUGAUAUACUUGAUAUCGAUUGACUUUUCAACGUUACAGCGAGAAAAAAAAUAUUGCAAUCGUCAAAUAUGAUACAAAUUUAAAGCAAUUUAUAGCACUUUUGGUACGAAAAAUUACGAUAAAAUUGAAAAAAUUUAAUUAUACAAUAAAAAUAAAAGUUGCCCUUAUGUGCUUGCGUGUACGUAAUAGUAAUUAAUAUCGCAAUUUAAAAUUUAUUCAAUUCACAGCUAGUUAAAUAAUAUAUACGAAAAAUUACCAUGUAUCGAUAAAAAAAAAAGUCUGUCGGUCUCUUCGAGAAUCUGUUAUAUAUAUAAUUUGUAAUUUAUUUAUAAUUAUUAGAAGAAUGAGCAAAACAUGGUUUCUUUGCUAUUUUUCAUUACAUUGCAAUACCAAGUACAUUGUUUGGAAGCAAUUAACAAUAUAUAAAAUACCGUAUUGUGUCAUCUGAUCCCCUCCCUCUCUUUUGCAAUGGUUUUGAUACCAAAUGUUCUAGCUCGUAAUUUAUAAAUACAUAUAUACUUCUAUUUAUAAGCAUAUGUCUUUUAAUAUGAUACAAACAACUUAACAGAAUACAUAUAUUGAAAUAUAUGUGUGUACAUGUACAUAUGUAUAUAUGAUAUGUACACACAUGUAUUUGCAAAUGCGACACAGAUGAUACGAUCUUUGUAAUAUUAUGAUAUAAUAUAUAUAUAUAUAUGUAUAUGUGACACAUUGAUUAAUAUGUACGAUGUAAGGAAUGGAUUCGGUGUAUUCGUGUGAGGUUAUUACGGCAACACGUGCGAAUACCCAAAUAUCGACGUUAUUGUUUGUAAGUCUUUUCUUGUAAAACGUACAAGUUGUCUUAUGUAAGAGAGAAAGGAAAUAAAGUCGAUUCUAACGAAAAA